CCUCUCAUUCCCUUCCCUCUGGAUAUUAAAAAUAAAAAUAUCAUGCAUAUAUUUUAAAUAUUCUGAUUGGCAUAUACAUCUGAUGUCUAUAAAAUGUACACCCACCCACAUAAGAGCAGAUUGCAUGUGCUGAGACAUGAAGAUGAGAGGGGUUCUUUGUUGCUGCAUCUACUUUCUUGUUUUGCUUCAGGUGAUGAUCACAUUGCCACUACCACCACCAGCUGCUGCUGCUGCUGCUGCUGCUGCUGCUGCUGCUGCUGCUGCUACAGGAAAAUACAAUGAGUCCAUUAAUUCAAGUAUGAUUCUGUUUCAAAGCAAUGCAGCAGAUGAUUGGCUGCUUGAAUCAAAAGUAAACAAUAUUAGCCCAGAUAAAUUAAGGUGCUUUGGAUUCAAACAGGCCGGCUUGCUCUUCUACACAGGGGUCAACCCUAUGGUCAAUGUAACGGGAAAGUCAACCCACCAAAAAGAGGGUGCCCCCGAAUCUAUGGGUGCCCUUCUGAUCAAUAGCAGGCGGAGGCUGAGAUCAAUCAUGGCAUACGUACCUCAAAUUAAAGCUAGCAAUUCACAUCGCCUUGUUAAUUGUUUCAUGCCAUGCCCAUGCCCAUGGGAUAUUCACCUAUGCAUGUAAUCAUGAAUUUAACUUAAUUAUCUUGUUGUUUCUGCAUGCAUAUCACUGAUCAUGUGCUGCUGUAGUUUUUUUAAUCUUGUACGUGUUAAACUAUCUAGCUAGUGUCACACAAUAUAUAUAUGAUGCUAGCUACUAUAUAUGCGAGUCAAGCAUGCAUGUCUUAUUUUUAUCUCAAUAUUAAUGUCUCUUGCCUUGGUUUGUCUUUCUUUUAAUUA